AUGAGCAUUGUGCCGAGGUCUCGUGAGGGCUUCACCCUCGACUUCGUUGCUCGUUCCCUCUCGACGACAGUCCUCCACCCUGUUCUGACUUCUAUGCUGGCCAUCCUCGCCGGAAGCGAGCUCCCAGCUCUUGGCCCCAUCACCGAGAAGAUCGCCUCCAUCUUCCCUCACUACCGUCUGGGGCUCUACCUAACGGCAGGCACAGGACUGGCCAUAUGGGGGAACAAUGUUCUGAAUAAAUGGUCGGCCAACAAUUGGACUCGCGACCCAACCUGGGACUUCAAUAAAGAGAUUGUCCUCGUCACCGGUGGCAGCGGCGGCAUCGGGACCAGCAUCAUUCGCCAUCUACUGGCCAAAAACAUCAACACUACCAUCGUUGUGAUCGACUACGUCCCUCUCACCUGGACCCCUCCCGAGGGAUCUCGCGUGCACUACUACCAAUGCGACCUCAGCAACCCGGACCAAUUGCGCGAUGUCUCAGCCCUCGUCAAGAGCCAGGUCGGCCACCCAACCGUGCUCAUCAACAACGCCGGCGUCAUGCGCGGGCACACCCUCCUCGAAGGCACCUACGAGGACACCUCCCUCACGAUCCGCACGAACCUCGUGGCCCCUUUCCUCCUGCUGCAGGAGUUCCUCCCCGACAUGGUCGCCAACAACCACGGCCACGUCGUCAGCGUCGGCUCGAUAAGCUCGGCGGUGGCCCUGCCGCGCCUGGCCGACUACGCGGCGACAAAGGCCGGGCUGGCGACUCUCUCCGAGGCCCUGCGGUACGAGCUGGGCAUAUGCUACGGUGCGCCGCGGGUGCGCGUGUCGAUUGCGCAGCCCUGCUUCGUGCGGACGGCGAUGGUGCAGGGCGAGGUGGGUUGGAACCACUUCCUGCUCCCGUUCCUGCACGUCGACAGUGUUGGGGAGAGGCUGGCGGAGGUGGUGGCGAGCGGGUAUGCGGAGAACGUGUAUAUGCCUGGGAUGAUGAGAUACGUGGCCUCGCUCCUUUCUGGGGGGCCGACAUGGCUACAGCAAUCCCUCAUCGGUAAUUCAGCGCGGACGACGACCAUUGUCCUCAAGUCGACGAACGAGAAGCAGAUUGAUCCGAAGACGGGGUUUUUGGCUAAAUGA